AAAGAGCCAAACAAAACAUACAAUUUCAGACGCUCCUCCACCGAGCCUCCUCGAGUUGCUCGUCCGUCCCCGUCUAAACACUCGCUUCAAGACGAAGAAGAAAUGCCCUUAGCCCGGGACUUCCUCCACCCUCCCGUCAACCAUGAGAGAAGGCUGCACAAAAAGAAGAGACUCGUCCAGAGUCCCAACUCCUACUUCAUGGACGUGAAGUGCCCAGGCUGCUACAAGAUCACCACGGUGUUCAGUCACGCCCAGUCGGUGGUUCUGUGCGUGGGGUGCUCGACCGUGUUGUGUCAGCCGAAGGGAGGAAAAGCCAGACUGACGGAAGGCUGCUCCUUUCGGAGGAAGCAACACUGAACUUCAUUCCAACAUCACAGCCCUGAAGGUCUUUGCAUUCAGCAGUUUUCUAAGCUAAUUUUUAUCAGUGAGGAAAAUAAAAAAAAAUAAAAGCAGGUGUGGAAGUGUUGCAUUUU